GCUGAACCCUGGUUGCAUCAGCGCGUUGAGUAGCACUUACCGGCUGAGUUGCAUGCUGUUAGAUAUUUACAUUUUCUUGUAAUUUCCAGUACUUUAGCAAGUUAUAUCUAGGUUUUUCAGUCCAAAGGCAGUUGAAUAGAGGCAGCUAGAUGAAACUAUUCGUGAGUGACGGAAAUCCGCACUGUGUUAAGGUGCUAGCAGUGCUCGGAUUUACUGGAGUCAAAUGUGACGUUAAACAUGUCAACCACGAAGAGAGAGUGGUACCCUACCUCAGCCGUCCAGCCCUGCCUGCCCUGCUCCUCCCCAGUGGAACAUACCUCUUCAGCCCCAACUCCAUCUGCCAAUACCUGACAGAGGUGAAUGGACAGGAAUCCAGUGAUAUCGUCAACCAGUGGCUGGAAUGGGAAGCUACAGAACUACAGCCUGCAGUGAUGCAGGCCCUUCACAUGGUGGUGCUGCAGGGAAAAGGAGCAGAAACCACCAGGGUUCUACAGGGACCUCUCAGCUACCUGGACCAGAGCCUGAGCAAGAGGACCACGCUGUUCCUCACUGCUGAGAUGGUUUCAGUGGCAGACGUGGUUCUGUGGGCAGCUCUGUACCCCAUCCUGUCUGACAGCAGUCUGGUAUCAGGUAAUCAGGCGCUGCAGCACUGGUUUGAACGUGUGGGCAUGUUGGCAGCCUGUGGGUCUGCAGCCCAGACUGCACUGUACGGGAAGGGACUGAAGGCUGAGUCUCUGAAGACCUACCUGCAGAGACAGCCAGCCACACACCAGGGUCAGGGACAGGUUCAGGGUAGAGGCACACAGCCAUGCAACAGCCCUGAGGGUGAUGAUGAUGGUGAUUGUGUGCUGUCAGAGGAAGAGAUCCAGUCUGCCGCAGUCACCUGGGUUAAAGGACUUGCAGACUUACCCAUGGUUCCAGAGAGACAACACCCUAUUCUUCCUAAGGAGGGCAAGAGGAACGUCCUCGUGACCAGUGCCUUGCCUUAUGUUAACAACGUCCCUCAUCUGGGCAACAUCAUCGGCUGUGUCCUCAGCGCUGACGUCUUCGCCAGGUAUGGGCGUCUGCGUGGUUGGAAUGUACUGUAUGUGUGUGGGACUGAUGAGUACGGUACAGCUACAGAGAACAAGGCCCGUGAGGAAGGUCUAACAGCGCAGCAGAUCUGUGACAAGUACCAUGCUGUCCACGCCUCCAUCUACCAGUGGUUCCAGGUCGACUUCGACUUCUUUGGCCGCACCACCACAAAGAAACAGACGGAGAUAGCCCAGAACAUCUUCUGGCGUCUCCAUGAGCGAGGCUUCCUACUUGAAGACAUUGUGGAGCAGCUGCGCUGCGAGGCAUGCCAGCGUUUUCUAGCCGACCGCUUCGUGGAGGGAACAUGUCCCUUCUGCUCUUACCCAGAGGCCCGAGGGGACCAGUGUGACAAGUGUGGCAAGCUUAUCAACGCUGUGGAGCUACGGGAUCCUACUUGUAAGGUGUGUAGUCAGACUCCUGUAGUCCAAUCCUCCAAACAUCUGUUCCUGGACCUGCCCAAGUUGGAGGCUGAGUUGGAGCAGUGGUUGGAGAGGUCUACUGGGUCAGGGGACUGGACGGCCAACGCCAAACAGAUCACCAGAUCCUGGGUGAGGGACGGACUCAAACCCCGCUGCAUCACCAGAGACCUGAAGUGGGGAACCCCUGUACCUCACCCCGACUUCUCUGACAAGGUGUUCUACGUGUGGUUUGACGCUCCUAUUGGUUACCUGUCCAUCACAGCCAACUACACUGACCAAUGGGAGAAGUGGUGGAAGAACCCACAGCAGGUGGAGCUCUAUAACUUCAUGGCCAAGGACAACGUUCCGUUCCACAGUGUGGUGUUCCCCUGCUCUCUACUGGGAGCACAGGACAACUAUACACUGGUCAACCACCUGGUGGCUACAGAGUACCUGAACUACGAGGACACCAAGUUCUCUAAGAGUCGAGGUGUUGGUGUGUUUGGUGACAUGGCCAAGGAUACGGGCAUCCCCUCUGACGUGUGGCGAUUCUACCUGCUCUACCUCCGUCCCGAGGGACAGGACUCGGCCUUCUCCUGGGUCGACAUGGCCACCAAGAACAACUCUGAGCUGCUCAAUAACCUGGGCAACUUCAUCAACAGGGCUGGUAUGUUUGUCAGUAAGUUCUUUGAGAACUGUGUACCUGCCAUGGCUCUUCAGCAGGAGGACAAGAGACUGUUGGCUCAGGUGGGAUGGGAGCUGAAGCAGUACAUUAACCUCAUGGACAGAGUCAAGAUCCGUGAUGCCCUGAAGUGUAUCCUCAACAUCUCUCGCCACGGUAACCAGUACAUCCAGGUCAACGAACCCUGGAAGAAAAUCAAAGGAGACGAAACAGACAGGCAGCGAUCGGGUACAGUGACAGGUGUGUCUGUGAAUGUGGCGUGCCUGCUGUCCGUCAUGCUCCAGCCCUACAUGCCAACGGUCAGUCAGACUAUCCGCCAGCAGCUGAACGCCCCCCCCACCGUUACCGGCACCAUGCUGCAGGGCACAGGGAACUUCGUCUGCUCUCUGCCUGCUGGGCAUCACAUUGGCACGGUCAGCCCGUUGUUCCAGAAACUAGAGUCCGACCAGAUCGAGUCUCUGAGGAAGAGGUUUGGAGGACAACAGCCAGAGGAGGAGGAGGAGGCCAAACCGAAGAAGCCAAAGACGACAGUCCAGACUGAUGUCAACGCUCAGCCCGCCCCAACCCCAGCUUCAGAUCCUGCUGCUCCGACUGCAGUGACCGGUGCAGACGCAGAGAGAGCCAGGGACUUAACACUGGCUGUGGCAGAACAGGGGGAGAAGGUCCGGACCCUGAAGGGCCAGAAGGCAGAGAAAGCUGUGAUUGGAGCAGAGGUCACCAAACUACUAGAACUGAAGAAACAGCUCUCCCUGGCUGAGGGAAAGCACCCAGAACCAGUGGUGACAAAAGGCAAGAAGAGCGCCCAGCCCGCCCCAACCCCAGCUUCAGAUCCUGCUGCUCAGACUGCAGUGAACGGUGCAGACGCAGAGAGAGCCAGGGACUUAACACUGGCUGUGGCAGAACAGGGGGAGAAGGUCCGGACCCUGAAGGGCCAGAAGGCAGAGAAAGCUGUGAUUGGAGCAGAGGUCACCAAACUAGUAGAACUGAAGAAACAGCUCUCCCUGGCUGAGGGAAAGCACCCAGAACCAGUGGUGACAAAAGGCAAGAAGAAGUGAUUAGAAAGAGAGAGAAGACCGACAGAGGCUGGACAAAUAUGACAAGUAGAAGCAAGAUUUGAAUAAUAAUAACAAAUAUGAGAGUAAGACAUAAACAAAUCUGUGACAGGAUGAUAGAGAAUGUGGUGUUGCUUAUGGGGACAGAGUAGUAGGUAAGAUCAGUAAUCGAAGAGGGGGGGGGGGGAAUUUUAAACUGCUACCAAAUAUUCAGUCAGACUUUUUCUACAUCUCUUUACUCAAAGUAGCAGGUUCUAGUAGGCUGAUGGUUAGGUGGAUUCCCCGUUAUUUUUACUGCACGGUAUCACGAAGAGAAAUAAAAUGGUGACCCGGCGAACAGGCUGGUUCCACCAGGCUACGGUUCUACUGUCACUAUGCAGCAAUUAGUUCAGGUCAGUGUGUGUGUAGAACGAUGUCUGCGUAAUAAUAUUAUAAUAUUGUUAUAUAAAACAUUUCAAAAAGUCAUGUUUUUACAUAUUCCCAUUUAUUCAAUCAAAUAAAUACAACAUUUGCUAAAAAAAAUAAUUUGCUGCAAAAUACUGUGAAACAGAGGCUGAAAUUAUUAUUAUUCUUUUCUUAAUGUGUCACUUUCAAAGAUGAAAGCAUUUGUUUGGACCUUAUAUGCAUCUCACUUUACAUUUCAAUCAAAUAGACAUUCCGAGACACUAAAAUGGUUUUAAAGGAUUUUAUUUGCAAGUCUAAACAUACAAUAGCGAAGUAAAUACAAUGUUUCCUUGUAAUUUAACAGAAAUAAAAGACAAGCACUAUUAGUGUUCCUCUAAUUCAACCGCUAACCGAUACAUCAUUUACAGUAAAAUGGUGAAUCAAUAUGGGUACAGUAAAGGUUUUAUUUCAGUAGAACUGUGUCGGUAUAAUACAGGAGUAUAUAAAAUAUAUAUAUAUAUGUGAAUCAGGGUAGAGCUCUACAUUGUAAAUAUUACUACCGCUAAAUUCAGUCAAUUUGAUAGAAAAAGCUUUCUAGGUGUAAAACUAUCCACGUUCUAGGUGUAAAACUAUCCACGUUCUAGGUGUAAAACUAUCCACGUUCUAGGUGUAAAACUAUCCACAUUCUUGGUGUAAAACUAUCCACGUUCUAGGUGUAAAACUAUCCACGUUCUCGGUGUAAAACUAUCCACGUUCUCGGUGUAAAACUAUCCACGUUCUCGGUGUAAAACUAUCCACGUUCUAGGUGUAAAACUAUCCACGUUCUCGGUGUAAAACUAUCCACGUUCUCGGUGUAAAACUAUCCACGUUCUCGGUGUAAAACUAUCCACGUUCUCGGUGUAAAACUAUCCUCGUUCUAGGUGUAAAACUAUCCACGUUCUUGGUGUAAAACUAUCCACGUUCUUGGUGUAAAACUAUCCACGUUCUAGGUGUAAAACUAUCCACGUUCUAGGUGUAAAACUAUCCACGUUCUCGGUGUAAAACUAUCCACGUUCUCGGUGUAAAACUAUUCACGCACAGUAAAGCCGUAGCGGCUUAUAUAAGUACUGAGUUACUGACUGACAAACUUUCCUGAGCUCUAUAUUACUCCACAAACUGGACAAGAAAUAUUAUCUCUGAUGGCUUCUGCAGUCUUUAGGAUUAAUCUUAGAUUUGAGGUUGGCGGAUAAGGGAUAGCCUGGUAUUCAAACAAUUUUAGCUACGUUUCAUGGUUGCGUCCCAGUGAAACAAAAGUAGGCUUAGCAUUCAGUCAGGUUUAACCAGGCUAGAUAAAGGAUGCCGUGACAAUGAAAUGCACUCUCCUUGUUUGAGUCCUCACUACCGUCAUACUAGGAAUGAGACCAACACAAGUUUGUCAGAAUCGCUUUGUUGAUGGUUUCUGAGUCCGAUCAAUACAAAUUCCUACCAAACCCCCAAUCAAUAACUCCUAGCAAUGGAAGAAAAUCACUUGAAUUGUUUUUUCAAUUAGCCGUAAUUUUGGACUCAAUGCCGACACCCCCAAAACAAAUCAGAAUUUUUACUAACCCCUACUUCAUACAAAUCACUUCACUAGGCUUAACGAGCGAAACGCCCAAUCAGAACCGCAUUCAUUAGGGCACGCAACAGAAAACGUUUUAAAAUGUUUUGCAACAGAACUAAACAUAUGUUUUUUUUUUGUCCAUGUAGUCCAACUUUGUUUCUUUCCAUUUGAUGCUUAAUGAACGUGACCCAUGCAACGCUUGGGAUAGAUGUUGGUUCACAAUCUUCAUACUUAGAUGCUUCCGAAUCAAUCCCUUCAUUUUGGAAUCAAAGGCCCCAAUCGUUUAAUUGAAUCUAACCCAUCCGUACUUCAUACUGAACGCUACACAUGACUGAAUAAUCUAAACGACCCAAUCAUUCUACGUUAGUUAACCCAUCUAUUUGAAAGAUUCUUCCUGACACCCGGCCCUACAUGUAGAUACAGUACACUGUAACCUCUCAACAGAGAACAUGACCCAUCCACCUUCUCAACCUUUUCCUCCGUUACUUUACACCCUGUAUGUCCAUUUGUCACUGCCACAGUUCUUCCUCUCCGUGGUUUUCCUUUGACUUGCUCUUCCAUCGCUCGCUCUUUCUUUAUAUCUAUCUUUUCCUUCUUACUUUCUCAUACAGUUUUUCAUAAAAUUCUAAUUUAACUUUCUUCUUAAAACAUAUCUUUUGGUUUCUCUCUUUAACGCUGUCUUAAAAUGCAUUUCAAAGUCACCACUGCGUUAAACUCUUCACCGCCAACUUGCUAUUCCAAAUGCUCAUUUUCUGUCUUCCUUCCUCCCUCACUUCCUGGUGUUAACUAAUCUCUCUAUCAGGGCUCGGCGUGUCCUCUGCACCUCCUCUCCCAGUCUGUCUAUCUCUGCUUUCAACCUCUCGUUCUGAUCUGUCAGCUCCUGCACCUUCCUCUCGUUCUCCUGAUCCCUCUCUCUCCUGCUCUUCUUCGCAGAAGAGGAAGAGGAGGAUGAGUGUGAGCCGGAGGAAGGGAAGGACAGAGAGUUGCCCCUCUUGCGUUUGUCCUGCCGAGACGAGGAGAACGAGGUGCUAGUAGGAGAGGAAGGAGGAGAGCAGUUGAGAGAGGUGGACGGAGAGGCGGAGGAAGAGCAGGAGGGAGAGUCUGGGACGCAGGUGUUUUCCUCCUCGCUGGCGGAGGGAGACUCAGGUUGUUGGAGAUUGUCGGAGUGAUGAUGAAGCUGAUGAUGGUGGUAGCUACCGCUCACCAUGAUCCCUCCUGUCUCCACCAUGCUCACCCCUCCUGUCUCCACCAUGCCCACCCCUCCUGUCUCCACCAUGCCCACCCCUCCUGUCUCCACCAUGCCCACCCCUCCUGUCUCCACCAUGCCCACCCCUCCUGUCUCCACCAUGCCCACCCCUCCUGUCUCCACCAUGCCCACCCCUCCUGUCUCCACCAUGCCCACCCCUCCCUCGUUCAGCAACUCAAAGAACUCUGGGGGCAACAGGUCCCCUCCUCCAGAGCCACCUCUUUCUCCAUCCCUCCCUCCCUCUCUGUCCCCCUGCCUCUCUGCCCUUUCCUCAGCUGGACUCGGACGGGAGGUGUUGGAGGAGAUGUGGUGGAGUGGAUGGGUAGGAGGCUCCUCCGGGAUCGUGACCCUCUGGACCCCCUCACCUCCGUCCCACGCCUCCCCCACGACACCCACUCCCACCCCGUCUGUCAGCCAUGUCAGGGAACAGCUCUCCAGAACAUCUAGGAACUCCGGCUCCUUCUGAAGAAAAUAAAAUGGAAGAAAGAGAAGAGAAUGAGAGAGGGAGAAGAGAAUGAGAAGAAGAGAGGGAGAAGAGAACGAGACGAGAGAGAGAGAAGAGAAGAGAGGGAGAAGAGAAGAGAUGAAGAGAGCGAGAAGAGAUGAAGAGAGGGAGAAGAGAACGAUAGAGGGAGAAGAAGAGAACGAUAGAGGGAGAAGAAGAGAACGAUAGAGGGAGAAGAAGAGAACGAUAGAGGGAGAAGAAGAGAACGAUAGAGGGAGAAGAAGAGAACGAUAGAGGGAGAAGAAGAGAACGAUAGAGGGAGAAGAAGAGAACGAUAGAGGGUGAAGAAGAGAACGAUAGAGGGUGAAGAAGAGAACGAUAGAGGGUGAAGAAGAGAACGAUAGAGGGUGAAGAAGAGAACGAUAGAGGGAGAAGAGGCGAAAGGACAGAGAAGAGGCAAAAGGACAGAGAAGAGGAAAGUGUGUACGUUAGGGAAUGGUUAUGUGGAACGAGCUUCUUACAUCAGCACUGUGGAAAGAGUUGCAUCAUGAAACAGAGAAGAUGAACAAACCAACAACUGAUUCAAAAGCCAAAACACAUCGACGAUCAUCAAUCAAUCAAUCAUCGCUGAUAGAUCAAUCCAUAUUGAUCAAAACUAUUUUUUAAAUCUCAACUGACCUCAGAGCAGGGAGGGGCACGCGCCAGUUUGGCCCCGCCCCCGUCUGAUCCCAGUAUAUCCUGCAGGUCCUCAUACCACGCCUCCAACUCUGCACCACACAGCGGCCCCACACCGGGGGGGUACGACUCUGCACCACACAGCGGCCCCACACCGGGGGGGUAAGACUCUGCACCACACAGCGGUCCCACACCUGGGGGGUACGGAGGGGGCAGGUGAAGCCACUCGGCAGUCAUCUUUCGCUCCGUCACUCAGUCGACACCGAUAGUCUUCCACACGCUGGAACACACUGGACCAGGACUGGAGAUGGAGAGGAGACGGUUUUGGAAUAAUGUCCGGACAGGAGGGUUCCAUUUUUAGAAUGAUGAAAUAAUUAUUUAAUAUAUCUUCUGCAUGAACGGUUAUGCGGUUUCUCUACAGUACACUAGGCAUCGGGAUCGAUAUACAAAUUACUCAGGAGAAAGCUUUAUGUAAGAGAGACUAUUCUAUUGCACAGCUACGUUAGUACAUGUUAAGAAUUAUCAAGAGUUGAAGGAAAAUAAGCAAUUGAACAAAGUACCGGUAUUGUAAUUUCUAUAUUGUUUGAAAAUUGACACUUUUUCACUAAAUGGUCAAAUAGUGGCACUUAGUGGACAAAUGGGUCUACUGCACAAACCAAUGUCUUUUAUAUAGAAUUCAAUUGUCAAAAACAUGAGCUGUAGUGAUGACUUAAUUUCAAACAUUAUCAAGUUAAAAUCUUGAAAAGAAAUGCAUUGAUAUAAGUAUAAUGAGGUUAACUUGUCAUCCAACACUCAGUGAAAUCAACAGAAGGAAUGAGGAAACGCAAUUCACCUUCUGAAAGUCUCUUAUGAUCAAGUCUGGCAGUUGGUCGUUGGCGAUAAUUUGUCCCAACAACAAGUCUAGAAAGAAUGUAUGGAAUUAAUUAAUACAACGAUUUUUCAAUACAGUGUGUCGAGAUGUUAGAAUGUGCUUAAAGGAACAUAAAUGUAUAUUUUAUAACAGCAGACAGAUGUCUACUGAAAAUAUAGCUGAGGCACUCAACUUGAUAAACAACCUCACAAUGCAUUGUUAAAAAUUAUUGAAUGCAGGCCUAUAAAACGGAUUUUAUGUGGAUUAAAUUAAUACAAUAACUUGACAAUGGCUUCACAUGUUCUGGUAAAAUAAAAUAUAUGUGUGGAAAAUCAUCAAAAAAAACGGUCACUCCGGGCUCCUCCUGCCACAGUCCAAAAUGAAUUCUAUUUCGAUCAAAACAUCCUUGAUUUCGAUUUACACAAGCUCAUGAAGAAGAAAAAAUAGAUUUCGACAUGCAAUCUUCCCAACAUGCAACAUAUCUUUUUUUUCUUCUAAAAAUAGAGUUUUAUCGUUGACAUUAAAUAGUUAAAGGUACUUUAAUAAAAAAACACUUGGUGGACGGGAAAUAACCUGUGACCACAACACAGCUUGCAUGACAUAGACAAGUAGACAUUCAUCCAUAAAUGCAGCCCAAUUCUUGGCAAAUACUUUUAUGAAGAGUAUCUAUAUAUUUCUAUCGUGUAUUCUUUGAAGAAUACAUUUUCAGAAAGGUGAUAUUUAUGCAACUGCAGGCUAAAUGUGUUUCUCGGAUGUGGUGUGGAAGGCUGCGCUCGUUCUCCAAGCCAAGGCAUUACGUCAUGGAAUCAGAGUACAGGACGGGGCGAAACAAAAGCCUGCGUGAAAACUGACACCUCCACUGGUACAAACACCGGGAUGAGACAAUGAAAAGCGUUCUAUACUGUUCUAAUGAAAAGUCCACUCCAAAUAGCCAUGAGAUCUUAUUCUGUCAAGACAAAUAAGUGUUUAUUUUUGUUAUUUAAUAGGCUAUUAACAAAACAAAUAUAAUGUCUGGAUCAAUGACAUCUUAUAGAUUUGAUCAAACAAAAGCCUGAACGUUGAUAACAGUAAAUAAUAAGUUUAUAAAACCGAAACAAAACUUUGUAAAACGUUACGUAAACGUUUGACAGCUCAGCUGUCUCUGUUAUGUCAAACUUCUGAGAGCGAGAGAGCUCGUGGCAGAGAGAACGCCACUUGGGGGUCAAAGUCAAAUAUACAGAUAAAUGUACCCCUCAAUCUUGGAUAAAAAUAUAACAAAUGUCAAUUAUAAUUGCACACAGCAACUGCUGUCCUAAAACAGACAUGGGGAAAGUUACCAAACAACAUUCACAUUCUUUUCCAAAAGGGGAAACCAGAGAGACGAUCAGCAGCCAAAUUAAAACGAGAACUCCUUAUAGAAGUCCCUAAAAGACAAUCAACAACUUUUUAAAAACUAUACAGAAUAAAAAUCACUUACCCUUUUUCUUUUAUUAUUUCGCUUUUUCGCCUGUCUUGGAUUCGGACUGUGUAUAUAUUUUAGUUGAGAUUGGUGAUAGCUCAUGUUAACCAUUGUUCGGCUUAGGAUACUGAAUGUGAUUUUUUCGGGAACUCCCGGUGAUCUUUAUAUAUGGUGACGCCAACCGAACUCGACGGGAAGUUUUUUUUGUUUUUACUUAACAGAAGCCCAUUAGCUGAUGAUGAAAUGACUGACAACCAGGUGGUACAAUAGUAAUCUACGCGCUAAAUUAUUUUGCUUGACGACAUCCAAUUGGUAAUUGUAUUCUACAGUAAAGGCGGGCUCUAAAGAGGGCUGGGUUGUCUCCAGCCUGGGUAGUUUGUGUGACGUGAAGAUGUAAUGCAGCCAGGACGAAUUUGGGGCGUAAGGGAGUCACAUGAAAGGAAUGAUGCAAUGCUUGGCAACCCAUUUCUAGUCGGAAAUAAAACAGAGAGAACAAGAACAUGUUUUAUUAAACAGUCUCUUGCUCUAACAAAAAUAUAAAAAAAUACACUUAUGCAAGAAUAUUUUAGAAUGUCUAAGGAAAGUUUUUCUCACAAAUAUUAGGCGACAAUAUAGGCUAUGUAUAAUUUAUGUUCAGUUAUAGGAUAUUGUGAAAGGAAUAAAGAAAGCAACUCUGCUUGGAAUUAUGGCUCGUUUUGUAUCCAAUAAUAGAUCGGUUUUUAUUUUACGUUUUUUAUAUAGGCUUGCUUCUAUUAUUCUCCGGUAUUUAUCUCUGUCUGGGGACCGCUUUCUUUAUGCGCGUGAGGGCCACACUGUACACUAUUCAAGUUUGUGAGAGUAAUGAAAUGCUUUAAAGUCCGACGCCGUCCUGCUCUGUCUGUGUGUAUAAUAUUAUUUCUCAAGAGUAGUAUGGUCUGCUGCAACAAACUCAACUUCAAACGUAUUUUUUUCUCUCAAAGGAAACAAUGCAAUAUAACCUAUGUAUCGCCAUAGGUAGCGUCCUCAUCUUGCCUCAAAGGAAACCAUAAUGAAAUGUAACCUAUUUAUUGCCAUAUGUAGCCUAACAUCCAUAUAGGGAUGGAUUUAUUUUAUUUUAUUGGAUGUGUUUAUUAUAAAAGAAUGCCGUUUUAUUUGGAUAUUAUUUCCUUACAGACAUUUCGCUUCUUUUUUAUAUUGCCCUCUUGUCUCUGUGUGGAGUGACGGGCGCUGGCUAUCAAAACAACAUCCCAUACUUCUUGAUCGCGAGUUCCUAAACUCCUCUCGAUCGCACAAGCUGCUAGUGUUGAUGAAAACUGAUAUUAAAACAUAAAUAAUUCAGGUUAACCAACAUGCUCAUUGUCUUUAUAAUAAAGUCUUUAACUUCCUAUGUUAUUUCAUCCUUUGACACUUAACGGUUAAUUCCUUAACUCCGACAGACAAGUGUUUAAAUGCACGGUGCAACAACACCCGCAGUUUACCAGCCCAGCAACAGCGCCGAUAUGAGACGCGUCGCGUGCGUGAGUAGCGAAUAGAAAGCUCCGGUCUCCGGGACCAGGGUUAAAACGCUCUAUGAGCCUCGGUUUUCCACGUCACGACUUGAGGGUCUGUUGCUGAGUAGGUGAGCGAAAUACUUUGUCUAUUUAUUGAGUCCGGUCGUGUCGCGUGUGCAUAUAGUAUUCGUUAGUGGGAUACUUAGAGGACACCGGGCCACGGUGUUGGCACUGGCUGGGUUUUUUGUUAUAAUAGUGUGUGAUGGGAUGAGCAACAGUGUUUUUAUAAAAAGCAAAACACAAGUUUACACCACAAUAUUAUUCCAUAAGCCUAUUUAAUUUCUUAGUUCGAUAAUAAUAGAAAUACUAAUUAUCAUAAUCAUAGGCCUAAUAACUAAAUACUAAUGCAGUAGCUAAUAAUAAUAUUAAUGCUCAGGAAAAAAAAAAAGGAAAUGUUAUUCACAAGAGUAACAUAAGGUUGUAGCCUAUAGAGAAAUCAAUAAACUACACAAUUGAACUGUAAAACAGGUAUAUGAAAGACAUAGACCAAAACUAUACCGUGCAUUCGGAAAGUAUUCAGACUCCACCCCCUUUUCCACAUUUUGUUAAGUUACAGCCUUAUUCUAAAAUUGAUACAAUUAUUUUUUCCCCUCAUCAAUAUAAACACAAUACCCCAUAAUGACAAAAUGAAAACAGGUUUUUAGAAAUGUUUGCAAAUGUAUUAAAAAUAAAAAACAGAAAUACCUUAUUUACAUAAGUAUUCAGACCCUUUGUUAUGAGACUCGAAAUUGAGCUCAGGUGUAUUCUGUUUCCAUUGAUCAUCCUUGAUGUUUCUACAACUUGAUUGGAUCUACCUGUGGUAAAUUAAAUUGAUUGGACAUGAUUUGGAAAGGCGCACACCUGUCUACCGGGGUCUGUAGUGACACCUCUACCACUGAGAUGUAUUAUUAUUUUUGAUUUUAUUUAACCUGGCAAGUCAGUGACGAACAAAUUCUUAUUUACAAUGACGGGCGACGCUGGGCCAAUUGUGUGCCGCCGUAUGGGACUCCCAAUCACGGCCGGAUGUGAUACAGCCUGGAUUCGAACCAGGGACUACAGUGACGCCUCUUGCACUGAGAUGCUGUGCCUUAGACCGCUGCGCCACCCGGGAGCCUUAGACCGCUGCCACACGGGAGCCGUUAAAGGUCCCACAGUUGACAGUGCAUGUCAGAGCAAAAACCAAGCCAUGGGAUCGAAAGAAUUGUCCGUAGAGCUCUGAGACAGGAUUGUGUCGAGGCACAGAUCUGGGGAAGGGUACCAACACAUUUCUGCAGCAUUGAAGGUGCCCAAGAACACAGCGGCUUCCAUCUUUCUUAAAUGGAAGAAGUUUGGAACCACCAAGACUCUUCCUAGAGCUGGCCACCCGCCAGACUGAGCAAUCUGGGGAGAAGUGCCUUUGUCAUGGAGGUGAACAAGAACCCGAUGGUCACUAAGACAGAGCAGAGGUCCUCUGUGGAGAUGGGAGAACCUUCCAGCAGGACAACCAUCUCUGCAGCCCUCCACCAAUCAGGCCUUUAUGGUAGACUGGCCAGACAGAAACCAAUCUUCAGUAAAAUGCACAUGACAGCCCACUUGGAGUUUGCCAAAAGGCACCUGACCAUGAGAACCAAGAUUGAACUCUUUGUCCUGAAUGCAAGCGUCACAUCUGGAGGAAACCUGGUACCAUCCCUACGGUGAGGCAUGGUGGUGACAGCAUCAUGCUGUGGGAAUGUUUUUCAGCGGCAGGGACUGGAAGACUAGUCAGCAUCGAAGGCAAAGAUGAAUGGAGCAAAGUACAGAGAGAUCCUUGACGAAAACCUGCUCCAGAGCACUCAGGACCUCAGACUGGGGCGAAGGUUCACCUUCCAAUAGGACCACAGCCCUAAGCACACAGCCAAGACAACGCAGGAGUGGCUUCGGGACAAGUCUCUGAAUGUCCUUGAGUGGCCCAGCCAGAGCCCGGACUUGAACCCAAUCAAACAUCUCUGGAGAGACCUGAAAAUAGCUGGGCAGCAACACUCCCCAUCCAAUCUGACAGCGCUUGAGAGGAUCUGCAGAGAAGAAUGGGAGAAAUUCCCCAAAUACAGGUGUGCCAAGCUUGUAGCGUCAUACCCAAGAAGACUUGAGGCUGUAAUCGUUGCCAAAGGUUCUUCAACACAGUACUGAAUAAAGGGUCUGAAUACUUAUGGAAAAUGUGAUAUUUCAUUUUUUUUUUAUAUAUACAUUUGCAAACGUUUCUAAAAUACUGUUUUUGCUUUAUCAUUAUGGGGUAUUGUGUGUAGAUUGAUGAGGGGGGGAAAAAACUAUUUAAUCAAUUUUAGAAUAAGGCUGUAACAUAACAAAAUGUGGAGAAUGUCAAGGGGUCUGAAUACUUUCCCGAUUGCACUGUACACUUAAUGUUCGGUUUGAAUAUGUAGUAUUCUGUAGGCUAUAGCGUGUUGAUUUCUGUGGCUCUACUUCCAGGAGGAUCAAAGUAAAGGAAAUCAGGAGCACAGAUCGUUCCUACUUCGACUUUCCAUAAAAUACAACUGUCCUGAGAAACUGUACCGUUGUGUGCUGAAUUACGAACAUGUGAUUGUCUGGAUUGGAAUUCAUGUAUUGUUGUUUUUAUAAAGUAUCCAGAAAGACUGUUGACAUGACAGAUGAAUAUUCAUAUUGUGUUUUGUACCUUGAUUGUUUUGGGACUCAAAUCAAAGUUUAUUUGUCACAUACACAUGGUUAGCGAAAUGCUAAGUGUAGCGAAAAUGCUUAUGCUUCUAGUUCCGACAAUGCAGUAAUAACCAACAAGUAAUCUAACCUAACAAUUCCACAACUACUACCUUUACACUUGUGUGUAUAAGGGAUAAAGAAUAUGUACAUGAACUAGACCUGGUACUGUCUCUCAGUCUAUUGUACUUCAGUAUUAGGUAGGUAACAAGUAUAAUUAAACGGUUGUAUCGAUGCUGUCGUGAGUUUUGCAAAAGCACUUAUCUCAACCUGACUCUCUUUGCUCACUGUAAUCGCAUAUGAACUUUAUCUGAUUAGGCAUAUAGCCUAUUGAUUUAUACUCUUGUUAAAUGAGAGUUUAUUCCUGUAUGGUGAUGCCUAAGAAAAAUGUCCAUACUCGUACAUCAGAUUAAAAAAUAUAUAUAUAUAUUUAACGAGGCAAGUCAGUUAAUAACAAAUUCUUAUUUACGAUGACGGCCUACUCCGGCCAAACCCGGUCGACGCUGGGUCAAUGGAAUAAUAUUGUGGCGUAAACUUAGUGUUUUGCUUUUCAUAACCACUGUUGCCCCUCCUGCCCAUUCUCUCACAGAACAAACAUAAUGGGCAGUAAAGUUAUAUUAUAUGUAUCUAUUCUAUGUAUACUGACUGUUUACUGUAGGACUGUUCAGUUUGAAUGCUUACGAAUUGUUGGUUUAUUAUAGUCUAUAAUAAAGCUAGAGGAGGGGGCAGCACAGGACCACAGAACGGACGAGCGGCUCUUCAGGUGCAUUGUUGUUAUGGGAUUUCCAAAAGUUCGCCUCUCAGCGACUGCGCAUGCCUGAAAGAAAAGUCCCGAAACAAACCCAAAGGCAGAGUUGGGAGCAAAGUUUGUGAAGAUGCACCGUCUGUGAUUAAAAAAGACAGAUCACAUCGGCGGUGUACGUGACAUUACCGAAAUUUAAGCGGGGCCUAGUUUAGAAGGGAGAUGGCGGGGAAUACCCACGCAGACUACAAGAAUGCUGAGAAGGAGAGGGAACCUGCCACACGCGCCGAGGAAAGAAGGGAGAGGUAACGAGCACUGCCGAGAAUGUCACGGUAAAAAGCCCUACAGUGAUGAGGUCAGCCAGAGGUCGACGAGGGGCAAGAAGAGAUUUUACUGAUAUUUUUCAUUUUCCCACAGCCGAUCAGAUAGAAACUAGGCUAUAUCAACUGAUCAACCUGGCUGCUUCAAACACCAGCACUACCACCACUCACAACACUAUCAUUAGACGUAUACCUAUUCUAGGUUUUAGUAAAUAUACUUCAAUGGUGGCUAACAGAUCCAAAAAGGUUCAAAGUUCAAUUGCACUGUAUCUGGGAGCAGUUGGCAAUGAUGGAGUGAGUGUUGAAAACCUGUACACUACCGUAUGAACCCAAUGAACUCAUGCUAAGCUUUUUAUAAAGGUCUAUGCUUCCCUCUACUGGCCAUGUAGCACCAUUACAAACGAGUAAUCAUGACUAGAGCACUCGAGUAACAAGUUUCCUGGCUGUAACCAGCGAUCUAGGAUCAGUUUACCCGAUCUCUAAUCGUUUCCUCAAUUUUUUAGGGGAUGCAAAAAUAUGUGACCCUGGAUUAGGGGGUAAAGGUUAUCUCGGUUAACCCAGAACCAAAAUCCUGUCCAUGACAGUUUAUGGGAAAGGGGCCAUUUUUACCUUCUAUAUUUGGCACUUCUGUGAAUGUUUGAUUUAGUCCGUGUUGCGUUGAUAUGGGGGAAUUGUGAAGCAUUGGAAUUGGAAUCAAGUAGCAUUGGAAUCAAGUCUGAAUCAUGUCAUGUUUUACAGUCAGUCUUUUAAGGUGUCUGCAUACAUAGGUUAGUUGUCCGGCUAACAGAACUCGGCUAGGCGAACGUCUAAUGAUCUCAUACUCCCUAAAUACUUUAGUUUGAAAAACUAGAACAAAAAGCGGCAAUAUAACGGUUGUUUUUCCCCAUUGAGUCACGAACAUUUUGUAUUAAAACUAGUCGUCUCAAAUGACACGGCUUCUUGUUCCAGUCCUACUAGUAGUACUAUUGACCAAUCACCGAUGAAGGGGCGUAGACUUCGGCUACAGAAUUUCGAUUUGCCUCAAGAAAUGAGUCUUAUUAUAAUGAUUAUGAUUCUUAUUAUAAUGAAACUUAUGGUUAUUAAAAUGAUUAUGAUUCUUAUAUAUUUUUUUGUUUCCUUUACCUCCCUUAUCUCACCUCAUAUGCUCACAUUCUAUAUAGACUUAUUUUUCUACUGUAUUAUUGACUGUAUGUUUGUUUUACUCCAUGUGUAACUCUGUGUUGUUGUGUCGAACUGCUUUGCUUUAUCUUGGCCAGGUCGCAGUUGUAAAUGAGAACUUGUUCUCAACUAGUCUACCUGGUGAAAUAAAAUAAAUAAAAAUGAUUGUUAUAGCUCAGUGAUGAACAGCUGGAAAAAAACCUGCCCAACACCAGAACUUCACACAACUGUUUCGACUGGGAAGCAUGCAACAGGCUUUUUAGUCACAUAUUAGUAUGUAAAUAAUAAUAAACUUAGCAAUGCUAUUUUUAAUCUUGACUUUGUGUAAAUGUAUUUGCGUACACUUUAGAUUGAAACAAAUUCUGUAAACUAUCUUUCCCUUGAAGAACUUUUAGUAUCAUAUUGACACUUUGGCAGAGAAUAAUUGUAAUAUUGAACUAGUUUUUAUUAAAAGGGAGUUGAUUUUAUGUAACAUUCAAUUGUUUUAUAACAUGUUUGACAAGUUCUCACUCUCUGUAGAAGAGUGUAGUUGAAGCAUGUUGUUUAUUCAGAUGAUAUCUCAAGAGUCAGGUACAGUACAGUCCAUCGUAGGCAAUGACAAACAACGCAGAAGAUUUAAAAGUAGUGUGUGGUAUUUUAGUCUCAGUCACAAUGAUAAUAAGUUACAAGCAACUGAGCAUGAAACAUUUAAGGUACACAGGCAUAUUUACAAGCAUCCCUCCGGGACUUCAGGCCCCUCCCCAACGCACACUGCUACAUGUCCAUACAUCGUCUUUCCGGUUGACGACGCGUCCCGAUUCUUCACCCUUCUCCCAAAGUGUGCACUAGCAUACUUCCCGUCAUUGGAUUGGUGUAAGCAUUAGCUGGAGGGCGUUUCCACCAUUGUUAAAUCCACAACAGGAAGUGUACAAAGUGUAUACUUCAGGAAAAGGGUGGAUAUAUCAGCAUUGUUUUUUUGGUUUUUGUGCAGUAAUUUUCUAGACACGUCUUUUCUCUGACAUGGCUAUUCCACUUUUUGAACCCUCAAAAUUGGACAUUCAAUGAAAAUAGUGAGCUGAAUGUCGUAGUAUAUAACUAGUGUGGCUGAAGAGGUGGAAAGGAUCCAGAUAAAUAUUAUUCAUUGAGAAAAAGCCAUCGAGCUUUGAAGGGAAUAAUAUGUGACACACACAUACUAUAUAGAUAUCUAUAGAUAGUGGGUGUAGUAAUGCAUUGCAUUUGAUAACAAAUGAAAAACUUCAAAUGUGAGAGAGAUGUGGAAGAAGGGGAGGGGAAAAAAAUCAA